AUGGACGCAUUCACGAGGCGUGGCUCAUUUCAGUGCGUCCACAGUGACGAUUUGUUCGAGACCUACCUGAACCCUCACCCACUGGAUCAACUAUCAGGUGACAUGUGUACGUCGUUGCCUAGCAUGGGCUCACUGCCCACCACGCGGCCGGUCACCACGCAGACGCUGCCGCUUUGGCAGGAAGACCACCUUAUUUUGCAGUCGAGCGUCAGCGAGUCAUGGAAGACUCUUGACGAGUUCGACCUCCCGCGCGAGCGUCGGCGGGCAGAAGACACAAGCAGCCACCCAUCGGAACGCGCGCAGGAUUCAGCCUGGUUGGGCCCUGGCGGCGCCCCCUCGGCGACCUACGCGCAGCUGUCAUCUCAGCCUGGAGGCGUUCCGCUGCUCCACGGCCAGCCGCUGCCGCGCAGGCAGGAAGGCCACCCCACUCUGCAGCCGAGCGGCCGCGAGCCCUGGAAGGCCGCCGGCGAGCUCGACCGCCCCCGCGCGGGCCCGGCGCCUGCAGCACGAGCAGCUGCUGGCCGAGGUGCAGCAGGAGAGGCUCGGGAGGUCAGGCGGAGUAUCCGCGAGCAGACGGCCCUCCUGGAGGAGCUCGAGCUUCCGCAGGGCGAGCGCGUUGACAGCGUGCCAGCAGCUGCCGGGGAGGCAGCGCCCGCCGCCCCGGGCGUUCCAGGAGCCACCACGCUCAUGAUCAGCAACAUCCCCAUGGCGAUGUCGCAGAGUGACCUGCUGGACCUCAUCGACAAGACCGGCUUCGCGAGCCGCUACGACUACGCCUACAUGCCGGCGACUUUCGAAACUGGGACCACCAAGGGGAUCGCGUUUGUAAAUUUUGCCACCUCGAGCGACGCCCGCGAGUUCUCCAUCUUGUGGCACAAAUCGCGGCUGACUGGAGUUGAUGGCGCUGGAACCAAAGGGUCCGUGAUCGAGGUCAGUGCGUCGGCGACGCAGGGUUAUUCGGAGAACGCCAGGAUGUGGAAGGCGAGCCGGCUGCGCCGCAUUAAGAAUCCCAGGUUCCACCCCUUCAUCGCCCUGAGGCCAGCUGAUCAUUGA